AUGAGAGAAGUAAUAAGUAUUCAUGUAGGACAAGCUGGUAUUCAAGUUGGAAAUGCUUGCUGGGAACUGUUUUGCCUAGAACAUGGAAUACAACCGGAUGGUCAAAUGCCCUCGGACAAAGCUGCCAGAGCAAACGAUGAUGCUUUUAAUACCUUUUUUUCAGAAACGGGUGCAGGAAAACACGUACCACGUUGCGUCUUCGUUGACCUAGAGCCAACCGUUGUAGAUGAAGUGAGGACCGGAACCUAUCGUCAGCUGUUUCACCCAGAGCAAUUAAUAUCAGGAAAGGAGGAUGCUGCAAACAAUUUCGCAAGGGGUCACUACACCAUAGGAAAGGAAGUCAUAGAUGUGUGCCUAGACAGAAUUAGAAAGCUAGCCGAUAAUUGUACUGGUCUACAAGGCUUUCUAAUGUUUAGUGCUGUUGGUGGUGGUACUGGAAGUGGUUUUGGCUGUUUAAUGUUAGAAAGAUUAUCAGUUGAUUAUGGAAAGAAAUCAAAGCUUAACUUUUGCUGCUGGCCUUCACCUCAAGUAUCAACAGCUGUGGUCGAACCAUACAACUCCGUCCUAUCGACCCACUCUCUUCUAGAACACACCGACGUGGCGAUCAUGUUAGACAAUGAAGCUAUAUACGACAUAUGUAAGAAAAAUUUGGACAUUGAAAGGCCCACUUAUACAAACUUAAACAGACUAAUAGCGCAGGUCAUUUCAUCGUUGACAGCUUCUCUACGUUUUGAUGGUGCCCUAAAUGUGGAUGUUACGGAAUUUCAAACGAAUUUGGUGCCUUACCCACGUAUCCACUUUAUGUUGUCCUCAUAUGCUCCAGUUGUUAGUGCUGAAAAGGCUUAUCACGAGCAGCUAUCCGUGUCUGAAAUUACCAAUUCGGCUUUUGAACCAGCAAAUAUGAUGGCUAAAUGUGAUCCCCGCCAUGGUAAGUACAUGGCUUGUUGUUUAAUGUACAGAGGAGAUGUUGUCCCAAAGGAUGUCAACGCAGCUGUUGCUACAAUUAAGACGAAAAGAACAAUUCAGUUUGUUGACUGGUGCCCAACUGGAUUCAAAUGUGGUAUUAAUUACCAACCACCCACUGUUGUGCCCGGGGGAGACUUGGCAAAAGUGAUGAGAGCCGUCUGCAUGAUAAGUAACUCCACCGCAAUUGCUGAGGUGUUUUCUAGAAUGGACCAGAAAUUUGACCUCAUGUACGCUAAGAGAGCAUUUGUCCACUGGUACGUUGGAGAAGGUAUGGAGGAGGGAGAAUUUAGUGAAGCCAGGGAGGAUUUGGCUGCUCUGGAAAAGGAUUACGAAGAGGUCGGCAUCGAAACCAACGAGGGUGAAGGAGAAGACGAAGGAUACGAAGCGGAAUAUUAG